AUGGCCAAUGGAAAUGAGAGUAGUGAUGGGCCUGGCAGUCCCCUGGCAGCUGUGGUGGCCACCACAGGGAGCAUGGUUGGUGGGGGGCCCUCCUCAGCCGUAUCCACCUAUGUCAAGCUGGUCCUUCUUGGACUGAUCAUCUGCAUCAGCCUAGUUGGCAAUUUGGUGGUUUCCUUGUUGGUCCUACGUGAUAGAGCCCUCCAUAAGGCUCCUUACUACUUCCUACUGGACCUAUGCCUGGCCGACACUAUCCGCUCAGCAGUUUGCUUCCCCUUUGUGCUGGUCUCCAUUAAGAAUGGCUCUGCUUGGACGUACAGUGUGCUUAGCUGCAAGGUGGUGGCCUUCAUGGCCGUGCUGUUCUGCUUCCACGCCGCUUUCAUGCUCUUCUGCAUUAGCGUCACGCGCUACAUGGCCAUAGCUCACCAUCGUUUCUAUUCCAAGCGCAUGACUUUUUGGACCUGUGUGGCUGUGGUAUGCAUGGUAUGGACGCUGUCUGUUGCCAUGGCAUUCCCACCAGUUUUUGACGUGGGCACUUACAAGUUCAUCCGCGAGGAGGACCAAUGCAUCUUUGAGCAUCGCUACUUCAAAGCCAAUGACACAUUGGGCUUCAUGCUGAUGCUGGCUGUGUUAAUCCUGGCCACUCACGUGGUCUAUAUGAAGCUCCUGCUCUUUGAAUACAAGCACCGGAAGAUGAAGCCUGUCCAGAUGGUCCCAGCCAUCAGCCAAAACUGGACCUUCCAUGGGCCUGGAGCCACCGGUCAGGCAGCAGCCAACUGGAUCGCGGGAUUCGGACGAGGGCCCAUGCCACCCACUCUUCUGGGGAUCAGGCAGAACUUGCACAACCAGAACCGCCGCCUGCUGGGCAUGGAGGAGUUCAAGGCUGAGAAGCAGCUUGGCAGGAUGUUCUAUGUGAUCACUCUGUUUUUCUUGGUGCUGUGGUCGCCAUACAUUGUGGCCUGCUACUGGCGGGUCUUUGUGAAGGCUUGCACUAUUCCGCACCGGUACCUCUCCACCACGGUUUGGAUGAGCUUUGCCCAGGCUGGGGUCAACCCCAUAAUCUGCUUCUUCCUCAACAAGGACCUGAAGAAGGGCCUGCUGGCUCAUCUGCCUCCCUGUUGUAGAACUAAACCUCAAUUGCCCCGCGAGCCUUACUGUGUCAUGUGA